ACCCUAAAGAAAUCCAAGUCUAUAAAACAACAGUCUGUAAUUCAAAACCAAACAAGUCAGUCAAAAAACAAACUCUUCCUUUCACUCUUUCAAGUUUCAAGCAAAGUUCCAAAUGGGAGAUACUUACUCUUCACCGGCUCCUUCGUUACAUUUAUGUUUCUUCCUUGUUGUUCUCUUUAUGUUUGUAAGUAUUACAUGGUACACAAACUACGAGUCUAUCUUUGAAGGCAUUAUGGAUCAAUUCAAGCUUGUUCUAAUGGUGUCUCCAUUGCUACUGCUUCUAAUUGUGCACUUAUUUUCGAGCUUGGAAAAAUCUGUCUCCUUCAUUCCCUUGCCUGAAAAAGACUCAUUUCAUAGAGCUGGUGGUACUCCUUGGGGAGUUGGCAUUCUCCUUGUGCUUCUUCUUUUCAUGAUUUCUUACCACUCUGGUUUUCGAGAACGAUGGUUUCCUUGAUGAUAUUGAAUUGAGCAUUUGAGCAGAAUGUUCUGGGAAAUCAUCAAAUAUGCACCAUCUAUGGUUACAGUAGUGUAGUUCACAACUUUGUAUAUUCUUCGACUGGAAAUGUUAAGUGGUGUUAACCUGUAUAUACGCUACCAGUGUAAUUUAUCCGGGUUGUUUUUUAUGAUAAAAAGUUUCAUUUAUUAUGAUCGAUUAAUUAAUCCAUUUAUUAGUGUUAUAAUGAUAUCUCUUU